UCUCCUGAAGGGGCCAAUGCCAAGGAUGCCUCCAAGGUCACUAAGCAGGAGGUCACUAAGCAUGUGGUCACUAAGCAGGAGGUAGGAGCUCAGUGUCGUGUGCUGUGUGUGCAGUGAGUGUUUUAAACAACCGCAAACACGCUUCUUCUGGACCACAGUCACCACACACAGUCCAACAGCAAACACGCUUCUUCUGGACCACAGUCACCACACACAGUCCAACAGCAAACACGCUUCUUCUGGACCACAGUCACCACACACAGUCCAACAGCAAACACGCUUCUUCUGGACCACAGUCACCACACACAGUCCAACCGCAAACACGCUUCUUCUGGACCACAGUCACCACACACAGUCCAACAGCAAACACGCUUCUUCUGGACCACAGUCACCACACACAGUCCAACAGCAAACACGCUUCUUCUGGACCACAGUCACCACACACAGUCCAACAGCAAACACUAAUACACACUGAUUCAUGAAGAAGUAUCUUUAUACAAACACACUGAUACAUGAAGAAGUAUCUUUAUACAAACAUACUCUAUCCAAUCCCACACACACUACCAGCCCCUCAACACAUAACUGAUAUACCCCGGUCCCUUCCCAUAAUCACAUCAGCACUGUAUAGCUCGUUAGACUGUUAAAUUAUGUAAAUAGUAAACGUAGCUAUAUACGAAUUACUAUUCUACAAUGUCCUUUUCUAUUCUGUACAUCGUUUACCGGCAAUAUCUAAAAUGGAAUCGGUAAAUAUAUCUAUCUACCUCUCUCAUCUCUCUUCUACAUAUAGUCUCUUCAUCUCUUUCUCUCUCUAUAUUUAUCUAUAUAUACUUGUACCUUUACCUAUACACUAUAUAUCUCACGCUGUCUCUCUCUCUUUAUCACUCCCCUAUUCUCUCUACCUGUCCCUUUCUCUAUCUCUUCUCUCUAUCUCUAUCUCUCUCUUCUCUCUAUCUCUCUUCUCUCCGUUAUAUCUCCCUGUCUCUCUCUUUCUCUCUCCCUGUCUCUCUCUUUCUCUCUCCCUGUCUCUCUCUCCCUAUCCCUGUCCCUGUCUCUCUCUCUCUCUCUGUCCCUGUCCCUGUCUCUCUCUCUCUGUCUCUCUCCCUGUCUCUCUCUCUCUCUCUCUCUCUCUCUCUCUCUCUCACCCUGUCCCUGUCUCUCUCUCUUUCUCUCUCCCUGUCUCUCUCUCUCUCUCUCUCUCUCCCUGUCUCUCUCUCUCCUUCUGUAGCCCACCAGGCGGUCAGAGAGGUUGUCAUCGGUAAGUAUAAUAAUUCCCUCUUCCUCCAUCCCUCUCUCUCUCUCUCUCUCUCUCUCCCUCCCUCCUCUCCUCUCCCUGCUGUCUCUCAGGUUGUUGCUAAACUCUAGGGUCAGGCGUAAUCUGUGGGGGUCACAGUUUCUCACAGCCACCAGAAGUGAUGUCAAGAGAUCUAAAAUCUAAACAAUCUGUUGGAUUCAUUCUGAUCUAACCUUUUAUAGAUAUAUACACUUACCAUGACUAGCUAGUGUUUUAUUCAGUAGAUAUUCAGUCAAUGUUCUAUUCAGACAGCAGUGUUUUAAUGGAGCUUUCUAGUGGAGUGUUCUAAAGGAGUGUUCUAAAGGAGCGUUCUAAAGGAGCGUUCUAAAGGAGCGUUCUAAAGGAGCGUUCUAAAGGAGCGUUCUAAUGGAGCGUUCUAAAUUAGCGUUCUAAAGGAGCAUUCUAAAUGACAAUUUUAUUCCGACUGUGAAAGUUGUAAACAGCAAGCCGACAGCACUCUAAACAGUGUUCUAAAGAUGGUGGUGGUGAGAAAAGGUCCCUGUAGGUUCCGUCUGGUCCUGCGCUUGUGUUUGUUUCAUUUGCCCUCCUUUACCAGACUUUACUGUUCUGUUUAUCCACUGUAUGUCAUGUGAUAUCACUGUCAAAUAUUAUUCCAUGGAUAAUGUAGUCAUAAUGUUUAUACAUGAUCUUAGUACAUUAUUACUGUACCUUACUACUGAUGUUAUUAGAUAGAUUAUAAUCCAACAGGUUCUCCUAGUUUAUGUACAUCUGUUUUUAGUCAUGUUCAUAAACAGGCUACAUGAUAGCCUGUCCUGUUUACUAAUAUUAAAUCAACUGUUUAGUUAGUAUUGAUUUGAAGCUGUACGGAGACCUUCAUCUGAGGUGUUGCCCUCUCCUAGUGGGUAUACAUGGCCAAGCGUCGUGUGUUUGCCCUCUACUAGUGGGUAUUGGCAAGCUGACGUGGUUGUUGCCCUCUUCCUAGUGGGUAUUGGGCCCCCAAGCUGUACGUGGGUGUUGCCAUCUCCGAGUGGGUAUUGGCCAAGCUGUACGUGGUGUUGCCCUAUCAUAGUGUAUUGACAAGAUGUGUACGUGGUUGGUUGUUGCCCUUCCUAGUGGGUUAUUCAAUGGCCAGCUUGUAAGUGCGUGGUGUUGCCCUAUCCUAGUGGGUUAUGGCUAAGCUGUACGUGGUGUUUGCCCUCUCCUAGUGGGUAUUGCAGGGCCAAGCUGUACGUGGUGUUGCCCUCUCCAGUGGGGGUAAUUGGCCAGUGUCCGUAGUUUGCCCCUUUCAUAGUGGGUAUUCCAUGGCCACGCGUACGUGGUGUUGCCUCUCCUAGUGGGUAUUCCAGGGCCAAGCUGUCGUGGGUUGCCCUCUCCUAGUGGGUAUUGAGCCAAAGCUGUCGUAGUGUGGCCUCUCCUAGUGGGAUUGCAUUGGCUAAGCGUAAGUGUGUGCCCUCUCCUAGUGGGUAUUGGCCAAGCUGUUGUACGUAGUGUUGCCCUCUCCUAGUGGGGAUUUGCAUGGAGAAGUCAGCUAUGGGAACGCGGUUUAUUUUCACGCGGGGAGCAUGCGGUCCGCGUCCUACCCCUUUUUUCCCCCCGUUAAUACCGUAGCCCCUUUUCUCCCUUGUUGCUCGCUCUCGAUUUUAUUCUCCUCUCCUCUACUCUCUUGAUUGACGUCCCCCCAAGGUGUUGCCCUCUCAUAGUGGGUAUGGCUAAGAUUGUACGUGGUUUGCCCUAUUCCUAGUGGGGUAAUGGCCAAGCUGUACGUGGUGUUGCCCUCUACUAGUGGGUAUUGCAUGCCAAGCUUGUACGUGGUGUUGCCCUCUCCUAGGGGGUAUGGCCAAGAUGUACGUGGUGUUCCCUCGCAUAGUGGGUAUUGGCCUAAGCUUGUAGUAGGGGGGGAGAAGAGGGGGGUAGGGGAAAAAGCAAUGGGGGAACAUGGGUUCUUGUUGCCCUCUAUAGUGGUAUUGGCCAGCUGUAAGUAGUUGUAUGCCCUUCUCCUAGUGGGUAUGGCCAAGCUGUUACGUGGUUCCGUUUGCCCUCUAUAGUGGGGUAUGGCAAGCUGUACGUAGUGUGCCCUCUCUAGGGGAUUGGCUUAGCGUACGUGGUGUUGCCCUCUCCUAGUGGGUAUUGGCCACAAGCUGACGUGGUUGUUGCCUCUCCUAGUGGGUAUUGGCCAAGCUGUACGUAGUGUUGCCCUCUCCUAGUGGGUAUUGGCCAAGCUGUACGUGGUGUUGCCCUCUCCUAGUGGGUAUUGGCCAAGCUGUACGUAGUGUUGCCCUCUCCUAGUGGGUAUUACAUGGCCAAGCUGUACGUAGUGUUGCCCUCUCCUAGUGGGUAUUGGCCAAGCUGUACGUAGUGUGUUGCCAUCUCCUAGUGGGUAUGGCCAACCUGUACGUGGAUGUGCCCUCUCCUAGUGGGUAUUACAUGGCUCUAAGGCUGUACGUGGUGUUGCCCUCUCCUAGUGGCGGUUAUGGCCAAGUGUACGUGGUGUUGCCCUUCCUAGUGGGUAUGGCUAAGCUGUACGGGUGUUUGCCCUCUCAUAGUGGGUAUUGGCCAAGCUGUUAUGUGGUGUUGCCCUCGCCUAGUGGGGAUUGGCUAAGCUGUACGUAGUGUGCAUCUCCUAGUGGGGUAUGGCCAAGUGUAGUGGGUUUGCCCUCUCCUAGUGGGUAUUGCAUGGACCAAGCUGUAACGUGGUGUGUUGCCCUCUCCUAGUGGGUAUUGGCCAAGCUAACGUGGGUUGCCUCUCCUAGGGGGUAUUGCAUGGCUAAGCUGUACUGGUGUUGCACCUCCUAGUGGGUAUUGGCCAGCUGUACUCGGUGUUGCCCUCUCCAGUGGGUUAUUGCAUGCCAAGUGUACGUGGUGUUGGCCCUCUAUCCUUAGGGGUAGGUAUUGGCCAAGCUGUACGUGGUGUUGCCCCUCCUAGUGGGGUAUUGGCCAGCUGUGUACGUGGUGUUGCCCUCUCCUAGUGGGUAUUGGCCAAGCUGUACGUGGUGUUGCCCUCUCCUAGUGGGUAUUGGCCAGCUGUGUACGUGGUGUUGCCCUCUCCUAGUGGGGUAUUGGACCAAGCGGUACGUAGGUUGGCCUCUCCUAGGGGGUAUUCAUGGCCAAGCUGUACGUGGUUGUGCCAUCUCCUAAUGGAAGAUAUUGGCUAAGAUGUACGUAGUGUUUGGUGCCCUCUCCUAGUGGGUAUUGGCCAAAGCUGUUUACGUGGUGUUGCCCUCUCCUAGUGGUAUUCAAUGCCAAAGCUGUACGUGGGUUGUGUUGCCCCUCUCAUAGUGGGUACGGGCAGAAGGAUGGGAAGGAUGGGGGAAAGAGAAGAGGGGGCCCACCCACUCGCUCCUAUUGCAUGGCUAAGAUGUACGUGGUUGUUGCCCUCUCCUAGGGGGUAUUGGCUCUAAGCUUGUACGUAGGGUUGCCCCUCCUAGUGGUAUUACAUGGCCAAGCGUACGUGGUGUGCACUCUUCCUAGUGGGUGUAUUGCAUGGCAAGCUGUAGUGGUGUUGCCCUCUCCUAGUGGGUAUUGGCCAAGAUGUUACGGGUGUGUUGCCCUCUCCUAGUGGGUAGGCCAAGCUUACGUGGUGUUGCCCUCUCAUAGUUUGGGUUUGGCCAAGCUUGUACGUGGUGUUGCCCUCUCCUAGUGGGUAUUGGCAAAGCUUGACGUUAGUUGUUGCCCUUCCUAGGGGUAUUGGCCAAGCCGUACGUAGUUAGUGUUGGCCUCCCGGGGUAUUCAUGGCCAAGCUGUUACGUGGUGUUGAGCCCUCUCUACUGGGGUAUUGGCAAAGCUGACGGGUGUUGCCCUCUCCUAGUGGGUAUUACAUGGCCAAGCUGUACGUAGUGUUGCCCUCUCCUAGUGGGUAUUGGCUAAGCUGUACGUAGUGUUGCCCUCUCCUAGUGGGUAUGCUAAGCUUGCUACGUAGUGGUUGCCCUCUCUAGUGGGUAUUGGCUAGCUGUAUGUGGUGGCCCUCUCCUAGUGGGUAUUGGCCAAGCUUACGUAGUGUUGCCCUCUCCUAGUGGUAUUGGACAAGCUGUACGUGGUGUUGCCUAUCCUAGUGGGUAUUGCCAAGCGUACGUGGUGUUUGCCCUCCUCCUAGUGGGUAUUCCAUGGCCAACCCUGUAACGUGGUGUUGCCCUCUCCUAGUGGGUAUUGGCUAAGCUGUACGUGGUGUUGCCCUCUCCUAGUGGGUAUUGCAUGGCCAAGCUGUACGUGGUGUUGCCUCUCCUAGUGGGGUAUUGGCAGCUGUACGUUAGUGUUGCUUCUCCUAGUGGUAUUGCAUGGCAAGCUGUUACGUGUGGUGUUGCCCUCUUCCUCCAGUGGGUAUUGGCAUAAGCUGUACGUGGGUUGGCCCUCUCCUAGUGGGUAUUGGCCAGCUGUACGUGGUGUUGCCCUCUCCUAAUGGGUAUUGGCUAAGCUGUACGUAGUGUUGCCCUCUCCUAGUGGGUAUUGGCCAAGCUGUACGUGGUGUUGCCCUCUCCUAGUGGGUAUUCCAUGGCCAAGCUGUACGUGGUGUUGCCCUCUCCUAGUGGGUAUGGCUAGCUGUACGUAGUGUUGCCCUCUCCUAGUGGGUAUUGCAUGGCUAAGCUGUACGUGGUGUUGCCCUCUCCUAGUGGGUAUUGGCCAAGCUGUACGUGGUGUUGCCCUCUCCUAGUGGGUAUUGCAUGGCCAAGCUGUACGUAGUGUUGCCCUCUCCUAGUGGGUAUUGGCUAAGCUGUAAGUAGUGUUAAGUGUUGCCCUAUUCCUAGUGGGUAUUGCAUGGCCAAAGGGGGGGCUGUACUUGGGGGUUGCACUCUCUAGUGGGUAUUGGCCAAGUGUAAGUGGUGUUGCCCUCUCCUGUGGGUUAUUGGUAAGCUGUACGUAGUGUUGGCCCUCUCCUUAGGCGGUUAUUGGGCAAGCUGUACUGGUGUUGCCCUCUCCUAGUGGGAUGCAUGGCCAAGCUGUACGUGGUGUUGCCCUCUCAUAGGGGGAUGUGGCCAAAGCUGUACGUGGUGUUGCCCUCUCCUAGUGGGUAUUGGCCAAGCUGUACGUAGUGUUGCCCUCUCAGGGUAUUGGCCAAGCGGUAGUGGUUGUUGCCCGCUUCCUAGUGGGUAUUGGCCAAAGCUGUACGUAGUGUUGCCCUCUCUAGUGGGUAUUCAUGCCAAAGCUGUACGUGGUUGUUUGUUGCCCUUCUCCUGUGGGUAUUGGCCAAGAGCUGGACGUGGUUGUGCCCUCUCCUAGUGGGUAUUGGCCAAGCUGUACGUGGUGUUGCCCUCUCCCUAGUGGGUAUUGGCCAAGCUGUGUACGUGGUGUGCCUCUCCUAGUGGGAUGGCAGCUGUACGUGGUGUUGCCCUCUCCUAGUGGGUAUUGGCUAAGCUGUACGUAGUGUUGCCCUCUCCUAGUGGGUAUUACAUGGCCAAGCUGUACGUGGUGUUGCCCUCUCCUAGUGGGGAGUGCAUGGCCAAGCUUGGACGUGGUGUUGCCCUCCUCUCUAGUGGGUAUUGGCCAAGCGUACGUUGGUGUUGCCCUCUCCUAGUGGGUAUUGGCCAAGCUGUACGUGGUGUUGCCCUCUCCUAGUGGGUAUUGGCCAAGCUGUACGUUUUGGUGUUGCCCUCUCAUAGUGGGUAUUGGAAAAGCUGUACAGUUAGUGUUGCCCUCUCCUAGUGGGUAUUAGGCCAAGCUGUACGUAGUGGUGCCAUCUCCUAGUGGGUAUUAUGGCAAAUGCUGAUACGUGGUGGUUGCCCUCCCUACUGGGUAUUGGCCAAGCUGCUACGAGGUGUUGCCCUCUCCUAGUGGGUAUUAAAGGCCAAGGCUGUAGUAGGUGCCCUCUCCUAGUGGGUAUUGGCUAGCUGUACGUCAGUGUUGCCCUCUCCUAGUGGGUAUGGGCUAACUAAGCUGUACCGUAGUGUUGAAGAGAGGAGUGCGGGGGGGGAGGGGAGGAGAGGCCUAUGUGGUGUUGCCCUCUCAUAGUGGGUAUUGGCCAAGCUGUUACGUAGUGGUUGCCCUCUCUAAGUGGGUAUUGGCAAGCUGUAGUGGUGAUUGUGUUGCGCUAUCCUAGUGGGGUAUGGCCAAGAUGUACGUGGUGUUGCCCUCUCCUAGUGGGUAUUCCAUGGCCAACCUGUACGUGGUGUUGCCCUCUCCUAGUGGGUAUUGGCUAAGCUGUACGUGGUGUUGCCCUCUCCUAGUGGGUAUUGCAUGGCCAAGCUGUACGUGGUGUUUGUUGCCAUCUCCUAGUGGGUUGUGGAUUGGCCAGCUGUAAGUAGUGUUGCCCUCUCCUAGGGGAUUGCAUGGCUAAGAUGUACGUGGUGUUGUUGCCCUCUCCCUAGUGGGUAUGGUAUUGGCCAAGCUGUACGUGGGGUGCCUUGCCCUCUCCUAGUGGGUAUGGCCAAGCUGUAGUAGUGUGCCCUCCUAGUGGGUAUUGGCCAAGCUCUGUACGUAGUUGUUGCCCUCUCCUAGUGGGUAUUGGCCAAGCUGUACGUAGUGUUUGCCUAUCCUAGUGGGUAUUGCAUGGUGGUUAAAGCUGUUGUACGUGGGUUGCCCUCUCCUAGUGGGUAUUGGCCAAGCUGUACGUGGUGUCGGUGUUCGCCCUUCCUAGUGGGGAUUGGCUAAGCUGUACGUAGUGUGCCCCUCUCCUAGUGGCGGGUAUUUGCUGGCCAAAGGCUGUACGUGGUGUGUGCCCUCUCCUAUGGGUAUUUGGCCAACUGUACUGGUGUUGCCCUCUCCUAGUGGGUGGUAUGGCCUAAGCUGUACGUAGUGUUGCCCUCUCCUAGUGGGUAUUGGCCAAGCUGUGUACGUGGUGUUGCCCUUCUCCUAGUGGGUUAUUGCAGGGCCAAGCGUAAGUGGUAAUGUUGCCCUCUCCUAGUGGGUAUUGGCCAAAGCGUACGUGGUGUGCCCUCUCUAGGGGGUAUUGCCAAAGAUGUACGUGGUGUUGCCCUCUACUAGUGGGUAUUGGCAAAGCUGUACGUGGUGUUGACCCUCUCAUAGUGGGUAUUGGCCAAGCUGUACGUAGUGUUUGCCCUUCUCCUAGGGGGUAUCAUGGCCAAGCUGUACGUGGGUUGACCCUUCUCCUAGUGGGUAUUGGCCAAGCUGUACGUGGUGUGCCCUCUCCUAGUGGGUGGUAUUGGCCAAGCUGUACGUGGGUGUUUUUGUUUUAGUUGCCCUCUCCUAGUGGGUAUGGGCCAAGAUGUACGUGGUGUUGCCCUCUCAUAGUGGGUAUAUGGCCAAAGCUGUACGUGGUUUGGUGUUGCCCUCUCCUAGUGGGUAUGGGCCUAAGCUGUAGUAGUGUUGCCCUCUCCUAGUGGGUAUUACAUGGCAAGCUGUACGUGGAUGUUGCCUCUCUAGUGGUGUAUUGCAUGGCCAAGCUGUAGUGGUGUUGCCCUCUCCUAGAGGGUAUUGGCCAAGCGUACGUGGUUGUUGCCCCUCCUAGUGGGGUAUUGGCCAGAGCUGUACGUGGUUGUUGCCCUCUCCUAGUGGUAUGGCCAAGCUGUACGUCAACCACGGUGUGUUGCCCUCUACUAGUGGGUAUUGGCCAAGCUGAAGUAGUGUGCCUCUCCCUAGGUGGGUAUUGCCAAGAUGUACGUAGUGUUGCACUCUCCUAAGUGCGGUAUCAGGACAAGAGAUGUACGACCCCCCCCCCCCCCUCCCCCCCCCCUCCCCCCCUGGUGUUUUGCCCUUCCUAGGGGUAUUGGCCAAGCUGUACGAGGUGUUGCCCAUUCUAGUGGGAUUCCAUGGCCAAGCUGUACGUAGUGUUGCCCUCUCCUAGUGGGUAUUGGCUAAGCUGUACGUAGUGUUGCCCUCUCCUAGUGGGUAUUGGCUAAGCUGUACGUAGUGUUGCCCUCUCCUAGUGGGUAUUGGCUAAGAUGUAUGUGGUUGUUGCCCUUCUUCCCCUAGUGGGUAUUGGCCCAAGCUUGUACGUUAGUGUUGCCCUCAUCCUAGUGGGGGGUAUUGCUACGCUGUACGUGGUGUUGCCCGCUCCUAGUGGGUUAUUGUCCAAGCUGUACUGUGUUGCCCUCUCCUAGUGGGUAUUGGCUAAGCUUACGUGGUGUUGCCAUCUCCUAGGGGUAUUUACAUGGCCAAGCUGUAAGUGGUGUUGCCCUCUCUAGUGGGUAUUGAAUGGCCCAAGCUGUACUUGUGUUGCCCUUCUCAUAGUGGGUUAUUCCAUGGCCAAGCUGUACGUGGUGUUGCCCUCUCCUGGGGGUAUUGUCAAAGCUGUACGUGUGGUGUUUGCCCUCGCUAGUGGGGUAUUGUCAAGCUGUACGUUGGUUGUUGCCCUCUCAUGUGGGUAUUGCAUGGCUAAGAUGUAACGCUGGUGUUGCCCUCUCCUAGUGGGGUAUGCCAAGCUGUACGUGGUGUGCCAUCUCCUAGUGGUAUUGGCCAAAGCUGUGUUGACGUAGGUUGCCCUCUCCUAGUGGGUAUUGGCCAAGUGUACGUGGUGUGUGCCCUAUCCUAGUGGGUAUGGCUAAGCUGUACGUGGUUGUUGCCCCUCUAGUGGGUUAUUGGCAAGCUUUACGUGGCUGUGCCCUCUCAUAGUGGGUAUUGGCCAAGCUGUUACGUGGUGUUGCCUCUCCUAGUGGGUAUUGGCCAAGGUGUCGUUAGUGUUGCCCUCUCCUAGUGGGUAUUGCAUGGCCAAGCUGUACGUAGUGUUGCCCUCUCCUAGUGGGUAUUGGCCCAAGUGUACGUGGGUUGCCCUCUCCUAGUGGGUAUUGGCUAAGCGUAUGUGGUGUGCAAUCUCCUAGUGGGUUAUUCCAUGGGCCAAGCUGUACGUAGUGUUGCCCUCUCCUAGUGGGUAUUACAUGGCCAAGCUGUACGUGGUGUUGCCCUCUCCUAGUGGGUAUUGCAUGGCUAAGCUGUACGUGGUGUUGCCCUCUCCUAGUGGGUAUUGGCCAAGCUGUACGUAGUGUUGCCCUCUCCUAGUGGGUAUUCCAUGGCCAAGCUGUACGUAGUGUUGCCCUCUCCUAGUGGGUAUUGGCUAAGCUGUACGUGGUGUUGCCUCUCCUUUAGUGGGUAUUGGCAAGCUGUACGUGGUUGUUGCCCUCUCUAGUGGGUAUUGGCUAAGCUGAGUGGUGUUGCCCUCGCCUAGGGGUUAUUCCAUGGCCACGUUGUUACGAGGUUGCCUAUCCUAUGGGAUACGAGGCCAAAGCUGUACGUGGUGUUGCCCUCUCCUAGUGGGGUAUUGCAUGGUAAGCUGUACGUGGUAGUUGCCCUCUCCUAGAUGGGGUAUUGGCCAAGCUGUACGUAGUGUUGCCCUCUCCUAGUGGGUAUUCCAUGGCCAAGCUGCACGUAGUGUUGCCCUCUCCUAGUGGGUAUUGGCUAAGCUGUACGUGGUGUUGCCCUCUCCUAGUGGGUAUUGGCCAAGCUGUACGUGGUGUUGCCCUCUCCCGAGUGGGUAUUGUCAUGGCGAAGCUGAUUACGUAGUGUGCCGACUCUCAUAGGGGAUUGGCCAAGCUGUACGUAGUGUUGCCCUCUCCUAGUGGGUAUUGGCUAAGCUGUACGUAGUGUUGCCCUCUCCUAGUGGGUAGUAUUGGCCAAGCUGUACGUGGUGUUGCCCUCUCCUAGUGGGUAUUGCAUGGCCAAGCUGUACGUGGUGUUGCCCUCUCCUAGGGGUAUUGCCAAGCUGUACUAGUUGCCCUCUCUUAGUGGGUUAUUGGCCAAGCUUGUACGUGGUGUUGCCCUUUCCUGUGGGUUAUGGCCAAGCUGUAGUGGUGUUGCCCUCUCCUAUGGUAUUGGCCCAAGCUGUACGUAGGUUGCCUCUCUAGUGGGGUAUCAUGGCCAAGGCUGUACGUAGUGGCCUCUGCUAGUGGGUCAUUGGCCAAGCUUUACGUGGGGUGUUGCCUUCCUAGUGGGUAAAUGCCAAGCGUAACGUAGUGUUGCCAUCUCCUAGGGGUAUUGGCCAAGCUGUACGUGGUGUUGCCCUUCCUAGUGGGUAUGCAUGGCCAAGCUGGACGUGGUGUUUGCCCUCUCCUAGUGGUUAUGGCCAAGCGUACGAGUGUUGCUCUCUCCUAGUGGGUAUUGGCAAGUGAUGUGGUGUUGCCCUCUCAUAGUGGUCUUGGCCAAGCAGCUGUUACGUGGGUUGCCCUCCUAGUGGGUAUUGGCCAAGCUGUACGUAGUGUUGCCCUCUCCUAGUGGUAUUGCCAGCGAAUACGUGGUGUUGCCCUCUCUAGUGGGUAUUGGCCAAGCUGUACGUGGGGUGUUGUUGCCCCUCUCCGAGUGGGUAUUGGCCAAGCUGUACGUAGUUGUUGCCCUUCUCCUAGUGGGUAUUGGCCAAGCUGUACGUGGUGUUGCCGCUCCUAGUGGGAUUGCAAGCUGUGUUGUACGUGGGGUUGCCCUCUCCUUAGUGGGUAUUGGCUAAGCUGUACGUGGUGUGCCCUUCUUCUAGUGGUUGUUGGCCAAGCUUGUACGUGGUGUUGCCCUCCCUAGUGGGUAUUGGCCAAGCUUACGUGGUGUUGCCAUCUCCUAGGGGUAUUGGCAAGCUGUACGUGGUUUUGUGCCCUACUCCUAGGGGGUACUUGGCCAAGCUGUACGUUAGUGUUGCCUCCCUAGUGGGUAUUGCAAAGCUGUACGUAGUGUUGCCCUCUCUAGUGGGUUUGGCAAGCUUACGUGGUGUUGCCCUCUCCUAGUGGGUAUUGGCCAAGCUGCGUGGGUGUUGCCCUCUCUAGUGGGUUAUUGGCCAAGCUGUUAAGUGGUGUUGCCCUCUCCAGUGGGUAUGGCCAAGCUGUACGUAGAUGUUGCCCCUCUCCUAGGGAGUAUUGGCCAAGCUGUACGUGGUGUUGCCCUCUCCUAGUGGGUAUUGCAUGGCCAAGCUGUACGUGGUGUUGCCCUCUCCUAGUGGGUAUUGGCCAAGCUGUACGUGGUGUUGCCCUCUCCUAGUGGGUAUUGCAUGGCCAAAGGCGGUAAGUGGGGUUGCCCGCUACUAGUGGGUUUGCAUUGCUAAAGCUGUACGUGGUGUUGUCUCUCCUCGUGGGUAUUGGCCUAAAAGCUGUACGUUAGUGUUGCCCUCUCCUAGUGGGGUAUUGGCCAAGCUGUACGUGGUGUUGCCUUCUAAGUGGGUAUUGGCCAAGCUGAUACGUUGGUGGUUGCCCUUUCUCUAGUGGGUAUGGCCAAGCUGUAACGUAGUGUUGCCCUCUCCUAGUGGUUAUUGGACAAGCUGUAAGUGGUGUUGCCCUCUCCUAUGGGUAUUGCCAAGCUUACGUGGUGUGCCUCUCCUAGUGGUAUUGGCAAAGCUGUACGUGGGUUGUGCCAUUCUCUAGGGGGAUUACAUGGUCAAGCUGUCGUGGUUGUUGCCCUCUCCUAUUGGGUAUUGGCCAAGCUGUACGUGGUGUUGCCCCUCUCCUAGGGGUAUUGGCCAAGCGGACGUGGUGUUGCCCUCUCCUAGUGGGUAUUCCAUGCCAAGCUUACGUGGUGUUGUUUGCCCUCUCCUAAGUGGGUAUUGGCUAAGCUUGUACGGGUGUUGCCCCUCUUCCUAGUGGGUAUGGGCCAAGCUUGUACGUGGUGUGGCCCUUCCUAGUGGGUAUUGGCUAAGCUGUACGUAGUGUUGCCCUCUCCUAGUGGGUAUUGGCCAAGCUGUACGUGGUGUUGCCCUCUCCUAGUGGGUAUUGGCCAAGCUGUACGUGGUGUUGCCCUCUCCUAGUGGGUAUUGGCCAAGCUGUACGUGGUGUUGCCCUCUCCUAGUGGGUAUUGGCCAAGCUGUACGUAGUGUUGCCCUCUCCUAGUGGGUAUUGCAAAGCUGUACGUGGUGUUUGUUGCCCUCUCCUAGUGGGUAUUGGCCAAGCUGUACGUGGUUUGCCACUAUCCUAGUGGGGUAUUGGCCAAGCUGUACGUGGUGUUGCCCUCUCCUAGUGGGUAUUGCCAAGCUGUACGUAGUGUUGCCCUCUCCUAGUGGGUAUUGGCCAAGCUGUACGUGGUGUUGCCCUCUCCUGGUGGGUAUUGCAUGGCCAAGCUGUACGUGGUGUUGCCCUCUCCUAGUGGGUAUUGGCCCAAGAUGUACGUUGGUGUUUGCACUUCUUCCUAGUGGGUAUUGCCAAGCUUGUACGUGGUGUUGCCCUCUCCUAAGUGGGUUCCAUUGGCCCAAGAUGUACGUUGGUGUUGCACCCUCUCCUAGUGGGUAUUGGCUAAGAUGUUACGUUAGUGUUUGCCCUCUCCUUAGUGGGUAUUGGCCAAGCUGUACGUGGUGUUGCCUCUCCAGUGGGUAUUGAAUGGCAAGAUGUACGUGGUGGUUGCCCUCUCCUGUGGGGAUCCAUGGCCAAGCGUACGUGGUGUUGCCCUCUCCCUAUGUGGGUAUUGGAUAAGCUUGUACGUGGUGUUGACCUCUCCUAGGUGGGUGGUAUUGGCAAGCGUACGUGGUUGUUGCCCUAUCAUAGUGGGUAUUGGCUAAGAUGUACGUCACCCCCCCCCCCCCCCCCCCCCCCCCCACCCCCCCCCCCCCCCCCCCCCCCCACCCCCACCCCCCCCCCCCCCCCCCCCCCCCCUGGUCUUGCCCUCUCCUAGUGGGUAUUGGCUAUAAGCUGUACGUGGCUGGUCGAUUGCCCUAUAGGAGGGGAGUAAUGGGAAAAGAUGUACGUGGUGGUGUUGCCCUCUCAUAGUGGAUUGGCCAAGAUUGUACGUGGUGUGGCCCUCUCCUAGUGGGUAUUGCAAUGGCCAAGAUGUACGUGGGUGUUGCCCUCUCCUAGGGGGGUAUGGGCCAAAAGCUGUGUAAGUAGUGUUGCCCUCUCCUAGUGGGUAUUGGCUAAGCUGUACGUGGGUUGCCCUCUCUGUGGGUAUUGGCCAAGCUGUACGUAGUGUUGCCCUCUCCCUAGGGGGUAUUCCAUGGCCAAGCUGUAAGUCAGUGUUGCCCUUCAUAGUGGGUAUUGGCCAACUGUAACGUGGUGUUGCCCCUCUCCUAGUGGGUAUUGGCCAAGCUGUACGUGGUGUCCCUCUUCCUAGUGGGUAUUGGCCCAAGCUGUACGUGUGUUUUGUGUUGUUGCCCUCUCCUAGUGGGUAUUGCCAAGCUGUACGUGGUGUUGCACUUCUAGUGGGUUUUGCAUGGCUAGUGUCGUGUGUUGCCCUCUCCUAGUGGGUAUGGUAUGGACUAAGUGUUGUACGUGGUGUUGCCCUCUCUAGUGGGUAUGGCCAAGCUGUUACGUGGUGGUGCACUCUCCUAGGGGUAUUGCAUUGGCCUAAGCUGUCGUGGUGUUGCCUCUCCUCAAGUGGGUAUGCCAAAGCAUUGUCGUGGUGUUGCUCUCUAAAGUGGGUAUUGGCCAAGCUGUUACGUGGUUGUUGGCCGCUCAUAGUUGGGUAUUGAAUGGCCAAGCUUGACGUGGUGUGGCCCUAUCCUAGUGGGUAUUGGCUAAGAUGGUACGUGGUGUUUGCCCCCCCCUCUCCUAGUGGGUAUGCCCAUGGCUAAGCUGUACGUGGUGUUGCCCUAACCUAGUGGGUGUUAUUGGACCAAGCUGUACGUCGGUGUUGCCCGAUUCCUAGGGGGUAUUGAAUGGCCAAGCUUGUACGUGGAUGUUGCCCUUUCCUAGUGGGUAUGCAUGGCCAAGCUGUACGUGGUGUUGCCCUCUCCUAGUGGGAUGGGCAAAGCUUACGUAGUGUUGCCCUCUCCUAGUGGGUAUGAAGGCACGCUGUACGUGGGGUUGCCAGCUCCUAGUGGGUAUUGGGCUAAGCGUACGUUAGUGUUGCCCUCUCCUAGUGGGUAUUACGCCCAAACGCUGUGACGUGGUGUUGCCCCCUCUCUAGUGGUGUAUUGGCCAAGAUGUACGUGGGGUUGCCCUCUCUAGUGGGUUUGGCCAAGCGUGCACGUCGUUGCCCUCUCCUAGUGGGGGUAUUCGGCCAAGCUGUACGUGGGGGUUGCCCUCUCCUAGUGGUGCGUUAUUGGCCCAAGCUUACGAGUGGUGUUGGUCCUCUCCCUAGUGGGUAUUGCAUGGCCAGAGCUGGUAACGUUGGUGUUGCCCUCUCCUAGUGGGUAUUGGCCAAGCUGUACGAGGUGUUGCUCUCUCCUAGUGGGUAUUGCAUGGCCUCACCUAUAGCCUACAAUACACUUACUGUUCAGGUUAGACAUAUAUUUCAAUGCGAAGAAAUGUCCAUGGUAUUUUCCCAUUCUCUUUGCUAAACUAAUUCUGUGGUGUUUCCCAACUCUAUGCUAGAAUAAGAUAAGAGAAUUAUAUGGCGUUUCCCCACGCUUUGAGUGCUAAAGCUAACGUCUCUCUCUCUCUCUGACCUGUAGAAACCAGCUCCUCCCAAACCUGUUGAGGUCAAGCCUAAGAAGGCUAUCGCCAAGGUAACACACACUGUCCAGGCGUUGGAGCAUGUAUCCACAAAUGCAUGAUGUGGUGGUUUUAAAGUCUCAUGAAUCUUUAGUCCAUUUGAAUGAUCUCAAACCCGUUCUCAGUCCUAUGUUUUUAUUGGUCAUCUUUGUCCUCUGUUGGGAUUGGUCAUCUCUGUUUCUAUGUUCUGAUUAGCUGGCUGUUAUUGUUCUGCGUUCUGAUUGGCAGGCUGUCUCUCUUCUGUGUUCUGAUUGGCUGGCAGUGUAUCUGUGCUGUGUUCUGAUUGGCUUUGUUUGCCCAGAAGCCGGUGGAUGACAAGAACAUGAAGGAAAAGAAAGGCGGCGCUAAGGUGAAGGAGGAUGGCCCCUCCCACAAUGGACAGACCAUGACGGAGGAGGUACGCUAGGCAACAAGGUGUAGGGGGAUGGCGGUGGUUGGAUUAUAAUCAUCUAACAUGUCUUCCUUCAAUGUUCUCCCUCUGUCUCUCACACACACACACAGAUCUGUGUGUCUCGCUCCAGUGUCAGUGUGACCUACUACAGAAGUCUUGCUCCCAACUCCAUGUCUGUCAGAGGACAGAGUGAGACGGUCAGAGUCAAC